AUGCCAUCUCUACCCCUAGAACCAGACGCCGCAACUGAGACGGUUGACUGGGCCCAGCGGUGUCGACUGAGAACCUGCCUCGGCGUUCUCUCUGGCGAGGUCUCUGCUUCAGCUGGGACUAAGCUGUCCUGUAGAUGUCCGAAUCCGCUGGUCUCGAGGGAUCUCAGCACGUUAGGGUGGGGAGUGUUCAUUGGGGAUGAUAGGAGGGAUCAGGAAAGGGGGUUUUUGGAUUGGGUCUUGGAGUGGUGGAGGGAUUUGAGAGAGGUGUUGGGAGAGGAUUGGAGGAGGGGAGGGAUUUGGGAUUCUGGAGUUUUGUGA